AAAACGCAAUUAAAAAUUAUUAUUACAAGAUGGCUACAAGGUAUAGCCAGCUCUGUAUUACUCUGAAGCAGAAGACUGGAGUAACAGACACCCAGCUAGACCAAAGAAUUGAGCAGGAACAAUUGUGGAGCCUGGCUGGUUUACUUGGCAGCUAUAAUAAGUUUGUUAGAAAGCCAGGGUUUGAUCUCAAUAAUGCCGAUAUAGCAGAUCUGGAAACCAUUGCCUCUAAGCGUAAUGGAAAUCAACUGGCCAUGUAUGAAGCUUUAAGGAAAUGGGAAAAUGUUAUCCGUGACUUCACUUAUCGGUCGUUGUUGGAGAUUUUGAUUGGUCUUCGUGAAGGAGCUUUGGCUGACCAAGUGUGUAGGACUUUCAUCCAAACACAAGCCAGUGGGCCGAAUAAAGAAGAUGCUGUGUCCUUGUCACCUGCACCAGAUAGAAAAUCACCUCUGACAGGGCCACCAAUUCGUGACCCAGUUGAACCGAAUUUGGCGAUAGGCAUUACAAUUGCUGACCACAUAAACGAAUUUGAUAGGAGGUUCAGGGAUCUACGACAGAUAGCUCUCGAGGAGAUAACUGAGAAACGAAUACCUGUGACUGAUUUCCGCCGAACACUCAUGAAUUUGCCAAGCCCUAUCACAAGUGAAAACAAAGAUUUUAUCUUAUCAAACUAUUCCUUGUUUGAAGAAGCUAAGUCGAUCGAAAGCAUCUUUGUGCAUCUCAAUUUCUACUUGAGCUUUAUUGAUUUCAGUCUUCUUGAGCAUAUCAUAGAGCAAUUUGGUAGUGAUAGUCUGAAACGAGACAUGAGCAGCUACGCUGAAGACAUGAGACAGUUCAGAAUGAAAACCCCUGUUAGAGAUACACUUAACUAUCUUCCGAGAAAUUCAGAUCCUCCUGCUGGUUACUCUCAUCUAAAAGCAAAAUUUGCUUGUGAUGUUCAUACUACAACUCUCGAGGAAGUAGACACAUUCAGGAAGAGUCUUGCCAAAACGUGUUUGCUCUCCCCGCUAGCCCUUUCUUUGUUUGACCUCCAGGAAAGCUCACUACUGGUUACAUGGCUAGUGCCUACUGCUGUAGGAGCAAUGAUCAGUGACCAGGUGCAGAAGGGGGUUCUCAAGCUAUCACUCGAAAGAGAAUGUACAGGUCGAUCAAUUCAGACAGGGCCAGACACAGUACAUAGACUCCGGCUCUCUAAAGUAUUGUCACCUCGAUUAUCGGUCAUUUCGUUUGAGAAGCCACAUAUGAAGUCAAGGCCCUUACUGAAGGAUCUGCUGAAAGAACUCGACUCUAUCGUUACAUGGCAGCUGCUUAUGAUUAACUUGGGAGUGGAAAAGUUUGAAAACGAUAAGAUAGAGAAGAAUAUUCCAAAUGAUAUUGAGCAACAAAAGCAAGCGGCUUUUGAUAAAUGGUUGAGGAAUAAGCCUGAUGCUUGCUGGAAGGAUGUCAUCGAUGCUCUGUAUGAAAUGGAGGAGAUCACUCUAGCUAGUAGUCUUGCUAAGAAGUACUACUGGAUAGAUCCAAGGGUAUCCGUGAAUAAUAGCUUCUCAAGUGCUGCUUCUUCAAAUGCUCGCAUCACUGCCAAGAAAAUUGAUAUGCAAUGCCAACAAUAUCUUCCUCCACUUACACGUGGACUAGAAUACUACGUCCUUGAAGAUAAAUCAGUACAACCAAUUACUGAAAGUUCAGCAGCAGCGAGGAUAGGUAAUUUGUCACGCCUCUUACAGACUACACGUCCCAACAGCUUGGCAGAUUUCUUUAAAAGCAUCGAAAACAGUAGCAGUAAAGGUGACUUCAAGGUUGGACUUGAAGCAAGAUUUGGGCACUUGUACUGGAAAAUAAAUCCAGAAAAGGCACUUUCUGCUAGCUUAACUCACCGAGAGUGGAUAAGAUCCAAGUUGCUAAGAAAAACGGCUUUCAACACCCAAGUGACAGAAGCUGAUAUUGGGCGACUGUUUGCUGGGAGGGAGCUGCUCGAUAAAGAAAUGGUCACCAGAAUGACCUUGAAGUUCGUAGUGGAGGGUAAAGAUGAAGGAAUCUACUCAGCUGUCAUCGCUGUGUAUGAAGGUGGUGAUGUGUUUUAUCUGGAUGCUGUGUACAGAAAGCAAGCGUUUGAGAAUCGAGCAAAAUUAAAUAUUGGUUUACCAGGACACAAGUAUGACUUCAGGAUAUCUGAAUGUACCGAAUGCAUCUUGCUGGCUGAGCACCAAAAGAGUAAACCGUAUCAGAUAGCCCGUACCAUUACUAAUUCUCUGUGCAGACUUCCCGAUAGAAGACUUCACGUCAUUCUUCGUGGAUCAUCUCCAAACAAUGAGAGCUCUUGGAAAGUCCAGUACAUUCGUCAGCGAGUGCAAAGGCAAUAUAAAUGGAAGCCAGAAAAAAAGUGGAUUUUGGCCCAGUAUGAUGUUGACGUCUUUGACUCUGAAAAAAAUGUUACUGUGAAGGUUAACUCUGCCCCACUGAAUGAAGGAGUGGACAUUCCUGAGUUUGACUACUCACGAAAAGAAGUCGAGCUUUGGGGUCAGAAGAUAUUCCCAAAAAAUAUUGAUGACACCCACCCCUCACGAGACAAGUACUACUACAUGGAGGGGAUCGAGGGAGUACGACUGCCUGGAGGAGAGCUGAGGGAGCCGUGCAAUUGGACCACUGAGGAACUGUUGAGAGAUUUCGAUGAGUUUCUGGGAGAUGCAUUCAAGAUUGCUCACAUCCUCAACGGAUCUCCUUACUGAACCUUUAUAACAUGAACUGAUUCGUGAAUUAAUUUCUGCAUUGUAUAUAGUAUAUGAAUAAUCACCUAUGCUGCAUGCCUCUAUUUUUUGUUCACA